CUAACAAACUGGAGGUGACGCGGCUUCACAUCAAAAACUUCCCGGAUGAGCAGUGCAUGGCGCGCGGGCGGGCCGUACCGGGAAUGCUGUAUUAUAGCACAUUUGAAGCCUUUUUGGUGACCUGGUAUUGAUUUCCCCGAACCGAGGAAUGACGCCGGUGAAGGAGGACAUGUCGGCGCUCAUCGAGCGGACCAUGCGGAUGAGGCGAGAGGAGCAGGCUCGGAAGGUGGUGCUGGCCUGGGCGGUGCUCAACAUCUCCCUGGCCGGCAUGAUCUACACCGAAAUGACUGGGAAAUUGCUCCGGCGUUAUUGCAACAUAUCUUACUGGCCUAUCUGGUACAUCGAGCUGGCCCUGGCUUCUCUGUUCAGCAUGAACGCACUCUUUGACUUCUGGAGGUACUUCAGGUACACCAUGGCGCCCUCUAGCGUUGCCGUCACCCCCGAGCAGCAUCGUCUCCUGGGCCUCCGAAAGUCGGGCAUCCAGGCCAGUCCACCCCAGAAGCCCGAAAAGAAGGAAACGCCUGCUCCAGUCCAGUCCUCGCCUCUCCAGGGCCAGAGCGUGCUCAGCUACAGUCCCUCCAGACCUCCUAGCACCAGCCCCAAGUUCUCCCCCAGCUGUGUGCCUGGCUACAGCCCAUCCCUCCAGAGCCCACCCCCAGCAGGGAGCGGGGGCUCUUACUCGCCUGUGACCUACACCACAACCAACAACAGCUUCAUGAAGGUGUGGAGCUACAGCUCCUCUCCUGGCUCCUCCCCCUACCCCAGCAGCAUCGGGCCUACAGAGGGCGCCAGUCCCCGGGCACGCUACCGCACCCCAUCCUCGGCCUUCACCUCUCCGGGCGGCAAGGAAGACUACAUGGAAGACCUCAGAUCUCUGGAGCGGUUCCUUCGCUCCGAGGAGGAGAAGAGCCAGCGCAGCCAGCUGGGGAGCCCGGAGUCUGCAUCCCCUUCCCACAGCCCCACCUUCUGGAACUACAACCGUUCGGUGGGGGACUACGCCCAGAGUCUGAGGAAGUUUCAGUACCAGCUGGCCUGUCGCUCCCAGGCGCCCUCCGCCCACAAAGACGAGACCGACCUGGGCUCCAAGCAGGCUGCUGAGGAGGUGUGGGCACGGAUCACAUCCAACCCGCCCGUUUUGGAUCAUAUAGACAGCUGGACUGCAAAGCUGAGAAACUGGAUUAACGACACGAUCCUGGUGCCCCUGGUGAAGGAGAUCGAUGCGGUGAACACACAUCUGCGCAGAAUCGGCUGCCCCGAACUGCAGACUGGAGAGGCCAGUAUAAGUAGCCUGAAGCAGGCUGCUGUGGUUAAAGCCUCCUCCAUUCCCACUCUGAACUCAAUCGUCCAGUAUCUGGAUAUCAGUCCUAACCAGGAAUACCUUGUUGAACGAAUUAAAGAGCUGGCACAUGGUGGCUGCAUGAGCUCAUUCCGCUGGAAUGGGGGUGGGGACCUGAAAGGCAGGAAGUGGGACACCGACCUCCCCACGGACUCUGCAGUCGUCAUGCAUGUGCUCUGCACCUACCUGGACUCCCGAUUGCCUCCUCACCCCAAGUACCCUGACGGAAAGACCUUCACCUCCCAGCACUUCACGCAGACCCCUGACAAGCCAGAUACAUCAAAUGAGAAUCUGCUGUGUGUCCAUCAGAGCAGCAUCAACCCACCACACUACCAGCUCAUCUACCAGGGGCAUGUCUACAGCCUCCCUAAGGGGAGAAACAACAUGUUCCACACCAUACUCAUGUUCCUCUUCGUCAUCAAGACCAAAGAGUCGGGCAUGCUGGGGAGAGUCAGUCUGGGCCUGUCUGGAGUGAACAUCCUGUGGAUAUUUGGAGACUAAUGUACUGAAAUGGAGAUUAACAGAACAUGCAUCUGACCUCUUGACUGGAAUGGCAGCCGAAUUUGACUUCUGGUGCUGGUGGGAACCACUUAAGUGACUCGAAGAUUAUUUCAGAUUCCAGAUUCACACCAAGAGCCCUUGUAAAACUGUACAUCACGGACCUGGACACAGAACUCCCAUUUGUCAUACAAAUUGUCCAGUUUCUUGCACAGCUCUUUGGUAUAUUUUAUUUUUGAAGAUGUUUCAGCCUUUGGAUUUGACUCUUAGUGUAAAUAAACCUUAGUCUCUCACGCUUUAGUAUGUUUGUGCUGUAUAUUGACUGCUUGGCGAGUGUUAUGUCACUUCCUGUGGAUGUGUGUUUUACAGUUAAUGUGGUUCUUUCCAAGUGUGUUGAUCUGAAUUGCGUUGUGUAAAUGCUAUUUUUAGUCUCUGAAUGUUUCUCAUCGUUAGAACUUGGCUUCUUCCCGCUAGACUCUCUUGCUUGACCUUCCCGCUGCGUGUUGCCGUAGUGCUCAACUGGGCUUUUAGCAUGAGCUGUCUUCAGCUAUUUUUAUCUUCUUAUUUCAAAAGGUACAGUCAUUCAUUGUAUGAGGUUUUGUAUUCUAUUAAUCUAUGCAGCACCAGUUUACAAUGAGGUAAAAAGCAUAAUUGCUCUCUAGGUCUAUUGAAUGUGCCAAGUAGUAAAAAUGUGGACACUACUUUUCCAUGAAUUCAUAAUUUCAUGCAUGACCGAAAGGCAUGCUCUCAUUUCCUGUUCAUUUUUAUAAAAAACCUUUGUGAGAA